AACCCGCAAGAGCCGCAAACGGUGCAGCCUUGCCGUAAACAAUGAGAUUGAAGGCGGCUGCUGCUGCUCUCCUGCCUUGAAUACCGGAGCGGGAUCCGCAGGAGGAUGCCUGCGGCUGCUGCCGGGAUUUAAAGCCUCCCUCGGGAAGAAGGGGCUGGAUGGCGCUUCCAUGGAGGCCGGGAGCGGGGCCGGAGCGGAGCUGCCGCCUCACCCCCCCGCUGCAGCCGCCCUGUGACUCCCGGAGCGGGGUGUGACAGGGGAGGAUAUAUAUUUUUUUCAUUUUAUUAUUUUUAUUUUUUUUUUCUUCGCCGGCUUGCAGUGCUUUGUGGCUCUGCAUUUCCCAUUCGCCGUUCCAGCAAACCCCCUCUCCGGGCACCCCCGGCGAUGCCCGGGCUGGAUGCUGCUGCCUGAAGGGAGGAGAGCGGCGGGGGGAGACAUGUAUCUUCUGGACAGCAACGAGCAGCCGCCGGCCGCCGCCGCCUCCUCCUCCUCCUCUUCUUCCUCCUCCUCAUCUCCUCCGGAGAGGAUGGAGCGGGGGACCCCCCAGAGGAAAACCGUCUACCGCAUCUCCGUGACCAUGGUGAAGAAGGAGCUGCUGGGGCCGCCGGAGAGCGGCCAUCCCGCCCGGGAGCUGCGGCGGCGAGGGGGGAGCCGAGCGCCGGGUUCUUCCAGCCUCACCAGGGCCGGGCUGCUGCUGGUGGAGGAGGAGGAAGGCGAGGAGGAAGAAGAAGAAGGUGACGGCGAGGAGCGGGACCGAGUCCCCAGCCCCUGCGGCUUCCGCAACUUCAGGACCCUCAGCACCGGGCAGCUGGAGCUGGGCCGCCUCAAGGUGCCGCGGAGAACGGGGCAACCCUUCCCCCUCGGGCCGGCCCUCGGGGGGGCCUUCCCCGCAGCUUCCCCGCAGGGGAGCGGCGAGGAACCGGCGGCGGCCACCACCUGUGGCGGGGCUGAAGCCACAGCCUCCCCCUCGGAGGAGGAUGAUGAGGGUGAGGAUGAGGAUGGGGGCCCACCGUCAGGCCGCUCGGGUGGGGCCCGGCAGCAGGCGGGGGAGCGGGGGCAGAGCCCCUGGCGGCAGCCGGGCCUGCUGCGGCGGAGCUUCAGCUUCAGGCACUGGAGCAGCGGGGGUGAGGUGCCGCGGGUGCGGGCGCUGGGCCGGGUGAGGCGACACAGCAGCUCCGGUUGCCUCCCCGGGCCCCUACCACCACCACCGCAACCACCACCACCUCCGAACCAGGGGAGCGGGCCGCGGGGCUCUCCGCUCGCCCUCCUCCCUUCCCCGGAGAAGCGGAACACGCUGGACGUGGGCGAGGUGUUGAGCCAAGGGGACCCGCUCUCCCAGCUGGAGCGCUGGGAGCGGAGCAAGAGCAAGAACCGGACUCUGGAUAACAGCGACCUGCAGCGGCUCUCCGAGAGGUUGGGCCGGGAAGGCCCCUCCGCCACCUUCUCCUCCUCCUCCUCCUCCUCUGCCGCCCACGAACACCGGCUGCUGCGCUUCUUCAGCGGCAUCUUCGCCCGCAAGGACGGCUCCUCCGCCCUCUUCGGCAGCCCCCACGGCCGCUCCCCCCGCAGCAGCUUCUCCAGGUCCAGGGCUUAUUUUAGCAGCUUGAGGAGAGCCACCGUGGACGUGCAGUCUAGCACCGAGAGCAUCAACGGGUCCCCCCACAAAGAUGCCUUUGUAAAUAGCCAGGAAUGGACACUAAGCCGAUCUGUACCAGAGCUGAAAGUGGGGAUUGUGGGCAACCUAGCCAGUGGCAAGUCUGCGCUUGUACACCGGUACCUGACUGGCACCUAUGUCCAAGAGGAAUCACCUGAAGAUAUGGAUGCAGGUGGGAGAUUCAAGAAAGAGAUAGUAGUUGAUGGACAAAGCUAUCUGCUGCUGAUUAGAGAUGAAGGGGGCCCUCCAGAGGCACAGUUUGCCAUGUGGGUGGAUGCUGUUAUAUUUGUCUUCAGCUUGGAAGAUGAGAUUAGCUUCCAGACUGUUUACCACUACUACAGCCGUAUGGCGAACUAUCGUAACACUAGUGAAAUUCCAAUGGUACUAGUGGGAACCCAGGCUUGGGAUGCCUUACUAAAAGCUGAGAUGUUUGCCAUGUGGGUGGAUGCUGUUAUAUUUGUCUUCAGCUUGGAAGAUGAGAUUAGCUUCCAGACUGUUUACCACUACUACAGCCGUAUGGCGAACUAUCGUAACACUAGUGAAAUUCCAAUGGUACUAGUGGGAACCCAGG